UGCACGAAGGUUCGUCAACACCUCUUGCUCAACCCGUUCCUACCGCGUCCGCCAGCGUCUCGGUAGCGCCAGCUCCAAACGUUACCCGGCGCCGCUCUCACACUGCAGAGAAACCUUACGCGUGCAAUAUAUGUGACAAAAGAUUCGUACAGAAGGGCCACUUAAAUACUCAUUACGCGUACCACAUGGGAAAGUUUAAAUUUUCCUGCGAAUUAUGCAAAAGGGGAUUCGUACAAAAGUAUGAAUAUGCUACUCAUAUGCGGAUACACACUGGUGAAAAACCAUACGAAUGUGAUAUAUGCAAUAAAAAAUUUAGACAAAAGGGCAACUUAAAAAUACAUCAGAAUAGUCAUUUGAAAUAUGAUCAUAAUCGCGUAGAGCCAGGAGAAAUAACUACAUGCAAGAAGGAGUCGUCGGAAGAAUCAGAAGAUCAAGUGCCCGCAACAUGUUAUACGUGUGAUAUAUGCAAAAAGCAAUUUGUUGAUAAAAACUAUUUAGAUGCUCAUUUAAAACAUCACUCUGGAGAUUAUCCGUUCACUUGCGACAUUUGUACAAGGAAAUUUAAUACUCAGUUUGCCUUGAAUACACAUAAAUUUGAUCACACGGGAGGGAAACCUUUUAAGUGUCAAAAAUGCAAUAAAAGUUAUAGAACAAAAAGCGCUUUAAAUACUCAUUCCUUAGCUCACACAGACGGUUAUAAGCACGCGUGUCAUGUGUGUGAUAAACGAUUCAUAGUAAAGCAAAAUUUGAAUAUACAUAUGCGCGUACACACGGGAGAAAAACCUUAUACCUGUGCAACAUGUCAAACUAAGUUUCGCUCUAGACAUUGCUUACAAAAACAUUUGUUAGAGAAACACAACCAAGUAAUAGACAAACAGUUCAGUUGUGAUACUUGUGGGAAACGAUUUGCACUACAGGGCACUUUAGAGAAACAUAUUAAAAAACACACUGAGAAGGAAACGGGAGAUAAAAAGAAAGAACUAGCAUUUAUGUGUGAAAUAUGUAGCAAACGAUUUUCGACAAUAAGUAUACUUAAAUACCAUAGAGAAAUACACAAUGAAGAAAGACCUUUCGAGUGCGAAGUAUGUCAUAAAAAGUUCCAAACGAAGAGGAGUUUACAGGACCACGUGAAGGUGCACGAGGACAAAAAACACUCGUGUGAAGUAUGCGGCCAGCAAUUUAGACAUAAAUCUGCCUUGAAAGUUCAUAUCCGACGGAUGCACUCCGAAAACAGACCACAUGUUUGCGAUGUUUGUAAAAAGGCUUUUGCAGUUCUUGCUGAACUAAAAAUUCAUUAUCGGGUACACACUGGGGAGAAACCGUAUGCUUGCGAAAUAUGUUGUAAGAAAUUUCAGCGACUGAGUGGGAUUAAGAAACAUCUUAUAAAUGUCCACCGCGAGAAACCGACGAAAUUUGUUAAAUUAAAAGAAUUGAAUAAAUAUGACUAAAUUAAAACUGGUUUGUUAUGUAAAAUACGAAGAAGAAAGUGGUGA